UCAAAAUGGCGGACRGAGAACUGUCAGAUUCUUCAAUGAAGUUCAGAAAAGUCAAAUCAGUAGACCUCUCUGUUGGCUAUUCCUCUGAACAAAUACGUUCUUUGAUAUUGAGUAGUAACGAGCCACUUAUAUUGACCGAGAUGYUGAGAGAUUGGUCGUGUUCUCGAUGGACUCCAGAGUUUUUAGCAAGCCAACUCGGUUUCUUCCAAACGUCUUUUCGAAUAUGUGCAAGAAUGGAUUCUCCUUAUUAUAGAUUUCAUAAGAGUAAGGUAGUCAUGGAGUCUGAUUGUAUUUAUGCUAAAGCAAGUUUGUCAAAUUAUUGUGCCUGGCUUUCUGGAGAUGUACAAAAUGCUGGUGAAUUAUCCAAAUAUUCAAGAGCUCACUUCUGGUGCUAUGCUGAUUACAAAUAUAUGGCUGAGAUAUUCAAAGAUUUCCCAAUACUGAGAAAAGCCCCAGAGUGGGGAAAGUUAGGAUUCCCUGAGAUCACUGGUGAUGAAUCAACAAUAUGGAUUGGCAGUGAGGGUGCAUCAACACCAUGUCAUUUAGAUACAUAUGGUUGUAACAUGGUUGCUCAAAUACAUGGCAAGAAACGCUGGUGUCUUUUUCCUCCAAGUGAAACAAGCAAGCUUUAUCCUACUAGAUUACCUUAUGAAGAAUCAAGUGUAUUCAGCCUUGUUAAUAUAAAGAAUCCUGACUUGAACGUGACACCAGACUUCAGUUCAGCUAUUAUGUAUGAGGUUGUUCUUGGACCUGGUGAUGUCCUUCUUGUUCCCAGGCACUGGUGGCAUUUUGUUGAAUCAAUAGAGCCAUCAAUCAGUAUUAAUACAUGGAUCACCUUGGAAAGUGAUCAUGUAGACAGAGUUCGUGAAGCCAUCACCAGAACMUUAGUYUGUUCAAUGAAAUCCUCAGAAGGAGAAGAUCCCAAUAAAUGGCUGAAYCCYACUGAGGUAUGA